AUGGAUCAAAUUACAUCGUCUUAUUCGCUUAUACCAACAACUGAACUUGAUGGAAAUCCCAAUAUUGCUGACCUUUGGUCAUCAACUAAUGGAUCUUAUAUGCAACAAAUAACUAAUCACAAUAAUAAUAUUAAUAACAAUAUUCAACAAGCAUCACCAAGUAAUCCAACAUUACAACCCCCUCCUAGUCUUGCUUAUGCACGCCGUUAUGCUGCAUCAAAACCACCUUAUUCUUAUAUUUCCUUAAUUACGCACGCUAUCAAUGGUUCUCCUGAUGGCAUGUGUACAUUAUCACAAAUCUAUCAAUAUAUUCAAGAUCGGUAUGCAUACUACCGACAAAAUCAGCAACGUUGGCAAAAUUCUAUACGACAUUCAUUAUCAUUUAAUGAUUGUUUUGUUAAAGUUCCACGUAGUACAGAUCGGCCUGGUAAAGGUUCAUUCUGGGCUUUACAUCCUGAUAGUGGAAAUAUGUUUGAAAAUGGUUGUUAUUUACGGCGACAAAAACGUUUUAAAAUAAAAGAGAGAAUAAGAGACCCAAAUAAACCCAAAACAACCAAUAAAGAUAAAAUAACAAAUUCAAAUUUGAAUAAAUCUCAUUCAUCAUCAUCACCACUUUCCGAAAAUACAAUAAGAGGAAUGGAUUCACCAGGUUCAUCACCACGACAAGCAACAGCAUCAGAAUCCUUAACUUUACCAUUACCACAACAAUACUAUCAUCAAUAUUCGCAGAUUCAUCCAUCACAAACAACAUAUUCAACUGAAUCAAUACCUACUAUUAAAACUGAGUAUGUUCAUAAUCCAACACCAUCAUCAUCAUCAUCAUCCACAAUUUAUACUCAUCAAACAUACGAUCCAAAUAAUAAUGGUUUACAAUAUUUAACUACAGAACCCAAUCAACAAUAUUUUCAUACAACUGAUCAAUCUUCAUCACCAUUUCUUCAUCAAAUAGCACCACCAGGUACAUUUCGUAUUGAUAAUCUUAUUAAUGGUCAACCAGAUUUUAAAUCAUUCUAUUCAACAAUGACUGGUCAUGAAACAACAAGUAAUUUUUUGGAUACAACAAAUACUAAUUAUUAUUAUAAUAAUACAAAUUCUUCAUCUUAA